UUUUUUCCCAGUUUUCUCACAAACCAAAGCCUAGCUAUUUAGCCGCCGGAAGCACAGAGCCUCCAUAAUCAACACUUCUUCCUCUAAUCAUGACUUUCAAACGUAGGAAUGGUGGCCGCAACAAGCAUGGCCGUGGCCAUGUCAAAUUCAUCCGCUGCUCUAACUGUGGCAAAUGCUGUCCCAAGGAUAAGUCGAUCAAGAGGUUUUUGGUGAGAAACAUUGUGGAACAAGCUGCUGUGAGGGAUGUUCAGGAAGCCUGCGUCUAUGACUCUUACACUCUGCCGAAGCUGUACGUGAAGAUGCAAUACUGUGUUUCGUGUGCGAUCCAUUCCCACGUUGUGAGAGUCCGAUCACGCACUGAUAGGAGGAACCGUGACCCGCCCCAGCGCUUCAUCAGACGCAGGGAUGACAUGCCAAAGCCGGGUCAACCGGGUCAAGCUCCGCGUCCUGGUGUUGCCAUUCCUCCUCGUCCUUGAGGAUUAUGAAGAUUGAAUAUUUUAUUUUUCUUUAAAGUGUCUGCUUAAUGCUAAGAGCAUGGAGACGUGUAGUGAAGUUUUGAUUACUUAAAGGUUUAAUGGCCAUUUUGACUUCUUA